CACCUUUUCACGCAACCAACACCCUCCCUCCCGGGCUGCCCUGACACACAGCUUGCGACCUACUCUAGAUCUCCCGCAAUCAUGGCGCCAAUGAGUGAUUAUUCUGAGGACGAAUCCCAGCCGGGCUCACCUGUGCUUGGUGCCGCUGACCGGAACGGAGUUGAGCAGGAUUUUGACCAACACGAAGACGACCUCGAAGAUCAAGAGACCAAACCACUCAAGUCUGCAUUGAAAAAGCCCUCAUACGCUCCCCCAACAUCCGCAGAGAAGAAGCCAGAACUCCCAGAGCAGCCUGACCCAGACACCUUGGACCUAUCCAAGCUCACUCCCUUAUCACCCGAGAUCAUUGCGCGACAAGCAACAAUCAAUAUCGGCACGAUUGGGCACGUCGCUCACGGAAAGUCGACGGUGGUGAAGGCCAUUUCUGGGGUGCAGACUGUUCGAUUUAAGAAUGAGCAGGAGAGAAACAUUACCAUCAAGUUGGGUUAUGCGAAUGCGAAGAUUUACAAGUGUGAUAAUCCCGACUGUCCGCGCCCGGGGUGCUAUAGGAGUUUUAAGAGCGAAAAGGAAGUCGAUCCGCCGUGUGAGAGGGAUGGCUGCUCAGGCACAUACCGUUUACAGAGACAUGUUUCUUUCGUCGACUGUCCCGGUCACGAUAUUCUCAUGAGUACUAUGCUUUCAGGUGCCGCUGUCAUGGAUGCAGCGUUACUUCUGAUCGCCGGAAAUGAAACCUGCCCCCAGCCACAGACAUCUGAACAUUUGGCUGCCAUUGAGAUUAUGAAGCUUAACCACAUUAUCAUUCUGCAAAAUAAGGUCGACCUUAUGAGGGAAGAAGGCGCUCUCCAGCAUUACCAGUCGAUAUUGAAAUUCAUUCGCGGCACAGUUGCAGACGGAUCUCCCAUAAUUCCUAUCUCGGCACAGUUGAAGUACAACAUUGACGCUGUCAACGAGUAUCUCUGCACACACAUCCCCGUCCCCAUGCGUGAUUUCACCGCAUCUCCUCACAUGAUUAUCAUCCGUUCCUUCGACGUCAACAAGCCCGGAUGUGAAAUCGAGGACUUGAAGGGUGGUGUUGCCGGUGGUUCCAUUUUGACCGGUGUAUUGAAGCUUAACGAUGAAAUCGAGAUCCGGCCCGGUAUCGUCACAAGAGAUGAGCAAGGCAAGCUCAAAUGUCGCCCAAUUUUCAGCCGUGUUAUAUCUCUUCUCGCCGAACAGAACGAUCUCAAAUUCGCCGUUCCUGGUGGUCUUAUUGGUGUCGGAACAAAAGUCGACCCCACUCUCUGCCGUGCCGAUCGUCUUCUUGGUUUCGUUCUUGGUCACCGUGGUAAACUUCCUGCUAUCUACAGCGAACUCGAAGUUAAUUACUUCCUCCUACGUCGGUUACUUGGUGUCAAGACUGCAGAUGGCAAGCAAGCCAAGGUUGCUAAACUGUCGAAGAACGAAGUUCUCAUGGUAAACAUCGGCUCUACUGCUACUGGUGCUAAGGUCAUGGGUGUGAAGGCAGACGCUGCGAAAUUGAGCUUGACCAGUCCCGCUUGUACGGAAAUUGGCGAAAAGAUUGCCCUUAGUCGAAGAAUUGACAAGCAUUGGCGUUUGAUCGGAUGGGCAAAUAUUGUCGCAGGAAAUACCCUUGAACCUAUUCUCGAGUAAAUUAACACGUUCUCCCGUUAGCCCUUUCGUAUAAACAAGAGGGCAAAUAUGAGCACAUUUGAUCGGUGUGGCAGAGAUGUGUGUUUAGAUGUCAGAAACCCCAUUUUUGUUUUAGGCCAUCAAAAAAAAGUAUCAUAAUCAUGGGAACAUGCGGUUCGAAAAUUUAUUGCACGCUUAGCUUUCUACCCUGGAUUUUUUAUCUCCUUACCAAUUUCUAUCAGGAUGACGAAAAUGCCCGUUGCUUUUUUCUUUUCAUUUCCAGUUUCUAUGAUUCUUGUUGCCGUUGUCCGUGUUCAGGUGGCUUUCUUUCUUUUCUUUUUUUUUUUUUAUCCCGUCUUCUCUUCCUGCGGCUUAUUUACGGCAUAGAUAAAGUUUGCCCGGGGUGGG